UAUUUUCUAUAUAAUCGAUUCAGUUUUUUUUACAAACUUUAUUUUUUAUUUUAUAAAUUUUGAAUUUUUUUAAAAUAUGUAUCUAAUAAAUUAUAUAUUCUAAUAUUUUAAUGGUGCAUAAAGACAUUAAAACCUUGAAGGAAGGUAUUUUGUUUGGAAUGGGUAACCCAUUAUUGGAUAUUUUAUCCCAUGCUGAUCAAGAGUUUCUAGAUAAAUACAAACUAGAAAAAGAUAAUGCUAUUUUAGCAGAAGAAUUCCAUUUACCUUUGUAUGAUGAACUCUUUCAAAGAAGAGAUACUGAAUAUGCACCAGGUGGUUCUACACAAAAUUCAUUUAAAAUUACACAAUGGAUAUUAGAAGUUCCUCACUUGACAACAUUUAUGGGGUGUAUUGGUAAUGAUAAAUAUGGAGAAAUAAUGAAAAGAAAAAUGAAUUUCUAUGGAAUAAAUACUUUAUAUCAAGUUCAAAAUGAUAUAUCUACUGGCACUUGUGCAGUUCUUGUUGAUAAGGAUAAAAGAUCCUUGUGCGCACAUUUGGGAGCAGCAAAAAAUUUCUCUAAAAAUUUUUUGAACGAAAAUUUGAAGGUCAUGCACCACGCCGAAUAUUUUUACAUAUCGGGAUUUUUUCUGGCAGUGUGCCCCACAUCGAUUUUACAAGUGGCUCAGCAUGCUUUACAACACAACAAACUUUUUAUGAUGAAUCUUUCCGCUAAGUAUCUUUGUGAAUGUUACAAAGAACCUAUGAUGAUGGCUUUUCCUUACAUUGAUAUUCUUUUCGGCAACGAAUCCGAAGUUAGAUCUUUUGCCGUAGAGCACCAUAUCUUGGAAGAAGAUCUGAAAACAGUUGCUUUGAAAAUUAGCCAGUUCCCCAAAAAGAACAAUAACAGAAGUAGAUUGGUAAUAGUGACUCGCGAUAUGAAUCCCACGAUUUUGGCUUCUGAUAAUAUACUUGAAGAAUAUCCGGUAUAUCCUAUUGACCAAAAAAACAUUGUUGACACAAAUGGUGCUGGUGAUGCAUUUGUUGGAGGUUAUUUAUCCCAACUUAUUCAAGGGAAAGGAUAUGAAGAAUGCCUAGACUAUGCUCAUAAGGCUGCCUACAUUAUCAUUCACAGGUCUGGUUGUACUUUUCCAGAAAAUAUGAAAUUCGAUGACGCCCUAGACCAAAUAAAACGCUCAGAAUAAUUGGAUAAUUUAUUUUCACGCCUAUUACCAACAAAAUAAUUAACUAAUGUUAUUUAUCAAAUUUAUAUAUAGUGAAUAAAGUUUUUUAUAACAUUAGUUUAUAUAUAUUUAAAUAAUGGGUUUAAAUGGCUAUUUUUAUAACAAUUAAUAAAAUUCAGGAUUUAUUGUAAUUUUA